AUGACCUGCUGGCUGCGCGUGCUCAGUCUGCAACUCCUGCUGCUGCCCGCAGCGCCGCCCCCGGCCCGCGGCUGCCCGGCCCGCUGCGAGUGCACUGUUCCCACGCGCGCGGUGGCCUGUGCGCGCCGCCGCCUGACCGCAGUGCCUGACGGCAUCCCCGCUGAGACGCGGGUGCUGGAGCUGAGCCGCAACCGCAUCCGCUGCCUGAACCCGGGAGACCUGGCCUCGCUGCCGGCGCUGGAGGAGCUGGACCUCAGCCUCAACGUCAUUGCACACGUGGAGCCGGGCGCCUUCGCCAACCUGCCACGCCUGCGGGUCCUGCGUCUCCGUGGCAACCAGCUCAAGCUCAUCCCUCCAGGGGUCUUCACGCGCCUGGACAACCUCACCCUGCUGGACCUGAGUGAGAACAAGCUGGUCAUCCUCUUGGACUACACGUUCCAAGACCUGCACAGCCUGCGCACACUCGAGGUGGGGGAUAACGACCUGGUGUUCAUCUCGCGCAGGGCCUUCGCAGGGCUGCUGGCUCUGGAGGAGCUGACUCUGGAGCGCUGCAACCUCACGGCACUGUCCGGGGAGUCCCUGGGCCACCUGCGUGGCCUGGGGGCCCUGCGGCUGCGACAUCUGGCCAUUGCCACUCUAGAAGACCAGAAUUUCUGCAAACUACCAGGGCUGCUGCACCUUGAGAUCGACUACUGGCCACUGCUGGAGGAGGUGGCCGCAGGCAGCCUGCAGGGCCUCAACCUGACCUCGCUCUCGGUCACCCACACCAACAUCACGGCUGUCCCCGCCGCCGCACUCCGCCACCAGGCGCACCUGACCUGCCUCAAUCUAUCACACAACCCCAUCAGCACGGUGCCCAGAGGGUCCUUCAGAGACCUGGUGCGCCUGCGUGAGCUUCACCUGGCGGGGGCUCUGCUGGCCGUUGUAGAGCCCCAGGCCUUCCUGGGCCUGCGACAGAUCCGCCUACUCAACCUCUCCAAUAACCUCCUCUCCACACUGGAGGAGAGCACGUUCCACUCUGUCAACACGCUGGAAACUUUGCGCGUGGACGGGAACCCGCUGGCCUGCGAUUGCCGCCUACUGUGGAUUGUCCAGCGUCGCAAAACCCUCAAUUUUGACGGGCGGCUGCCGGCCUGUGCCACCCCAGCUGAGGUGCGCGGCGACGCCUUGCGCAAUCUGCCCGACUCGGUGCUCUUUGAAUACUUCGUGUGUCACAAACCCAAGAUCCGUGAGCGCCGGCUGCAGCACAUCACAGCCACCGCGGGCGACGACGUGCGCUUCCUGUGCCGCGCAGAGGGCGAGCCGGCACCCAGUGUGGCCUGGGUGACGCCACAGCACAGGUCGGUGACAGCCACCAGCGCCGGCCGUGCACACGUGCUGCCCGGGGGCACGCUGGAGAUCCUGGACACGCGGCCGCAGGACAGUGGCACCUACACGUGCGUGGCCAGCAACGCCGGUGGCAACGACACCUAUUUUGCCACGCUGACGGUGCGUCCCGAUCCUGCCGCCAACCGGACCCUGGGGGACGCGCGCAACGAGACGCAGGCGGCCGUGCGCUUCCCGCUGGACCUCACUACGGUCCUGGUGUCCACGGCCAUGGGCUGCAUCACCUUUCUCGGUGUCGUGCUCUUCUGUUUCCUGUUGCUCUUCGUGUGGAGCCGCGGCCGCGGUCAGCACAAGAACCACUUCUCCGUGGAGUACUCGUUCCGCAAGGUGGACGGGCCCGCCGCUGCCGCGGGCCAGGGGGGCGCGCGCAAGUUCAACAUGAAGAUGAUCUGA